AGCUCGUCUAUCGGCUGCACAGCCUGGGUCAACAUGGCGGCGCCCAGAGGAGAGGGGCUGUGAGGCGAUGCUGGCGUUGGGACGAGGCCUGGCGGGGGUCGCCCGCGGGGCCCUGACCGCAUUGAGGGUCGGCAGAGGAACGAAUGGGGCUGCUUGCAGUGCUUUUAUUCAGCCAGCAAGAUGUUACGCCAGACCUGUGAGAAGAAAGCUGAAAGAAAUCCCCAGCCAUUUGGAUGACCUCCCUCCAACAAUGCUGAAGAAAGAUUAUGCCAACGUCCCAAUCAUAAAUAGUGUUGAUGACGUAGUGAAAAGAUUAUUGUCACUGGAAAUGGCAAACCAGAGGGAGAAAAUGAAGAUAAAGAUACAGCAGCUGGUAGAGAAGGUCAGGAGGUCUCCCAGUGACAAUGGCUCCUUUGAGGUGCAAACUGCUAUUCUGACUGCCAAGAUACGUACUUUUGAGGAACAUCUUCAGAAGCAUCCCAAGGAUAAAAACAACCGUCGUCGCAUGCUGAUGGCCAUGGAUCGCCGCAAUAAACUGCUUGCAUAUCUCCGCCGUGUCCGCUACGAUGUCUUUGAAAACACCUGCAAACAGCUGAACAUCCAAUACACACCACGACCUGCCUAUUCCAGGAGGGUCACCAAGCGUUGGGUUGUUAAGAAGGCUUUUUGUGUCAAGGUUUUCCAGGAGGCCAAGAAGCUGAAAGCAGCACAGAGACUCAAAGAGAAAACGAAGCUGCAAGAGAAGGACGGAGCUGCAAUGGAGAAGCAGGUUCAAAGCGAGGGGACAUCCGUGUAGCAGCACAUUGUGUCUGCGGUGCAGGGAGACAAAAUAAAGAGCAAAAAAGCAAACUUUA